AAGAUUUCUUGGCAGCUUAGUGUGGAAACCGUUGAUCACCUUGCCCUCAUUUCUACCUGUUCCGUGUCAGCAAGAGAGCGUGCCCAAAUGAGCAAGAUAGCACAGCAGAACAGCACUCCUGGAAUAAGUGUUAUUCAUACUCAGGCUCAUGCCAGCGGCUUACAGCAGGUUCCUCAGCUGGUGCCUGCCGGCUCUGGGGGAGGGGGCAAAGCCGCGCCUCCGAGCAAGCAAAGCAAAAAGAGCUCGCCCAUGGAUCGAAACAGUGAUGAGUAUCGGCAGCGCAGAGAGAGGAACAACAUGGCUGUGAAAAAGAGCCGGUUGAAAAGCAAGCAGAAGGCACAGGAUACACUGCAGAGGGUGAAUCAGCUCAAAGAAGAGAAUGAACGGUUGGAAGCAAAAAUUAAAUUGCUGACUAAGGAAUUAAGCGUACUGAAAGACUUGUUUCUUGAGCACGCACACAACCUUGCAGAUAACGUGCAACCUGGUGGCACUGAAAAUACAACAACAACUCCUGAUAAUGCAGGACAGUAGACCUCACCCCUUCCAAGUUCACGGUUUGUGGCUUGAACGUUAAAGGUGUGACUACCUACACCACUCGUAUCAAUGGCCGAACGUUGUCUUGUUCCAUUAUUCAAAGAUCCAUUGAAGGUUGUUUUCUAGGAUCAGCACUGAAGAGUUGAUUAGCUAAGAAUGUUAGCCAUG